AUGAAUCUACGAUCAUGGAACCCCAAAUUGCUGCACCACUUCCAGUCAAUCACAAAGUUUAAAAACGUCUACAACUUCAAAUACCUCUCUGACCCAGAAACAUGCCAAAAACUAAUAGACCGCAUGGACCUCCGACGCAAGUACCCGAAAUCAAAAGGUAAUCUAGAUAUAGUCGAUGUAUUCCCCGGGCCAGGCAUUCUCUCCUCCAUGAUAAACCAGGAAUUGCAGCCGCGCAACCAUGUCAUUCUAGAAAAGGAAAAAGACCAUGUCUCCAUAUGGGACAACCUAAUGAAGACCCUCAAAGACAAUGGUGGAAACCAAGAGAACUUCCGCUUUGUCAAGGAAGACGGGUACGAGUGGGAAACGUAUAAUCGGCUCAUUGAAGAGAAGAAGAUCAUCACUCCAAAGGUCGAGAACCGCUCCAGGAUCCAUGACGAACUCUUGAUCGUCGCCAAUCUUACUUCUUCCUCCAGCGGCGAGCCGGUGUUGGCGCAGUGGAUCCAGUGCUGCGCGCAUCAGAAUUGGCUCCAGAAGUAUGGCCGUGUUCGGAUGUUGCUACUUGUGAGACACGAUUCGUCGCUGAAGUUUCUAUCGACGUCUGCUUUCCCGAAACGCAAUCGAGCUGCCCUCAAGAGAGAUGUCUACACCGAGAGCCAUUUGUUGGCUGUCUCGGACAUUGUCAGCGAUACUGCGCUCACUCCAGGAGAAGGUUUUGAUCCACAUUUGCUCUUUGAGGAACAGCCGAUUGUCAUCAGUAAUGGCGCCGUCGCUCCUUCGCCUGGUGACUUGUCUGUUAUUGAAAUUAUACCGCGCGGCGAUCUUGAGGGCUUAAAUAUUUUCGACAUUGAUCACCUCUGUCAGAGUCUCAUGUACAAAUCGCAACUUCCAGUAGCUGAGGCUCUAUCUAUGGUAGGUCUUGGUGCGUCCGAGGCGUUGUGCAGUAAGAUCCGUCCAGAAAUUCUAGCGAAGAUCCCCCGUCAUUUGACGAGAGACGAGUUCCUUGAAAUCUACAAUGCUUACACAGUUUGGCCGUUUAAAGCAACAUUCGAAGAUACAAUUGAUAUCCUUAUGGAGGAUUCCAGAUCUUAUUGA